CUAGUGGAGCGGGAAAAUGUACAGAAGAGGACCUUUACCAGAUGGAUAAACCUACAUUUGGGAAAGUACAAGCCUCCUCUGAAAGUGAAAGAUUUAUUUGUUGAUAUACAAGAUGGCAAAAUCUUGAUGGCUUUACUGGAAGUCCUGUCAGGACAAAAGCUGAUGCAUGAAUACAAAUCUUCAACCCAUCGCAUUUUUCGUUUGAACAACAUAGCCAAAGCACUUAAGUUCUUGGAAGACAGUAAUGUAAAACUUGUUAGCAUCGAUGCAGCAGAAAUAGCAGAUGGAAACUCCUCUCUGGUACUUGGACUAAUAUGGAAUAUAAUCUUGUUUUUUCAGAUUAAAGAACUCACAGGGAACCUCAACAGGAACUCGUCCUCUUCCAGCCUGUCGUCUGGGCCCAGCGGGCCGGAGUCGGACACGUCUCACCCAAGCACUCCAAAUGUAGAGAGAAACAUGUCUGUUACAGUGAAGGAUCAGCGAAAAGCCAUCAGAGCCCUUUUAACCUGGGUUCAGAGGAAAACCAGAAAAUACGGUGUUGCAGUUCAGGACUUUGCCAGCAGCUGGAGGAGUGGCCUCGCUUUCUUAGCUGUCAUAAAAGCAAUUGACUCUACUUUGGUAGACAUGAAGCAAGCACUAGAGAAAUCGGCUCGGGAAAACCUGGAGGAUGCUUUCAGCAUAGCGCAAAAUAAGCUUGGUGUUCCUAGGCUCCUAGAGCCAGAAGAUAUAAUGGUGGAAUCACCUGAUGAACAAUCCAUUGUGACGUAUGUGGCGCAAUUUCUGGAACACUUCCCAGAGCUGGAAGGGGAAGACUUCACAGAUCCUGACAAGGAGUUUCCAAUUGAGUCUACAUAUGUCCGCAUCAAAGACACUCCUUCAGAACAGGAGGGCAAAAUCUUGAUUUUAAGUGAAAGUGAAGACAAUAUGUAUACUGUUAACCAUGAAAGGAGUCAUCCUGCUCCUCCAAAGGUUCAUAUUCAUGAUACCCCAGAGAGAAUCCAGUCAGAAACUGUUCCUGAAAAAUGUAAUGGCAAAGCAUUAGGCGAUUCACAGGAAACCUUUGAAGAGGAGCCGAAGAGGCCUACCUCUCUGAAAAUUACAGGAUCUGUUAGUUUUGAAUCCAGUUCCUCUUGGGAAGUUCUUAGUGAUAAAUUGAUCCCAAGUGAAGGGGGCAUAUAUGAUUGUCCACUGAAACAGAAUAAUGACCUUUCUCCAGCUGUUCUGACAGAUCAGAAAAAUUCUGUAGACUCUUUUGAAGACUACUCUGAAGAACUAACUAGAGAGACCUCUACUGAAUAUGACAAUGAAACUAAAAGCCUAUCAGCCAAUACUUCUUCGAGUCCGUCGUCUUGGACUUCAGGUAUACUUACAGAUGAAUCCAUAAAUAAAGCAGAAGAGACCAAACCCCAAGCUUCAACUUUUUUACCAGAAAAUACCUCAAAACAAGAAGAUAUGCAUAAAUAUGUUCUUCAUCUUCUAAAUGAGGAGAUAUUGAAACUUCCAGAAAAUGAACAUGCAAAGCAAUCACCUGUCUUUGAGACAACAGAAACUAACCAUUGUUUAGUGAAUAAUUCUAAUCUCGAAAGCCAAGACCUAUCUACACUGCAGGAAACAGCUGAUGACUCUCCCUCAGAUGUACCUAAAAAUCCAGAGGACCUGGAUAGCUGUGAUGAAGCUGAGUCUUCAGCUGAAGUGUUACCCAGUUCUUCAAAAGUAUCUGUAAUACCCCAUGAUCUCUUUUACUAUCCACAUUAUAAUGUCCCAAUAUCAGCAGUUUUGGAUGCUUAUGUUGAGCCUUGUCUUGAGGAUUAUGAUACUAGAAAUGACAAAUCUUACUCUGAAUCAGUAACAGAUGUUUUACAUGAGAAGAGGAUCCCAGCACAGAACUACAGUGAUGAUUCUGCAGAGGCAGGUUUAGGGAAUAAGCUAGGUGUCCCUCCAUCAGAAAUGAGUACUGAGAACCUAGAGGAGGGAAAAAUGGAUGCUAACAGAGACAUGAAUUCUUCGCAUGAAAAAGAAGUGGGUUUACUAAAAGGAAAAGAGAGAGAAAUUGAAAAAGAUGGCAAAAAAGUCACCAGCCCUCAAAAUUCCACUAUUGCCCAACAUCCUGAGGCUGCAGUAGACCAUCUAGAUGAUUUAUCGACAGCUGUGAAGACGUCAGAAAAAAGUAGUAAAAGGAAGGAAAAAAGAAAAAAUGUGAUCAAAGACUUACAGAUUUCAAAAAUUGGGGCUAGUACUCUGUCACUUGAUAAACUGGAAGAAAUUGCUGAUUGUCAGGAAUUUACCAGAACUAGUUAUAGUGAUUCCAGCAUUUAUCUCCGAAAAAGGUUUCCUAAUACUUCUGAGAAGACUGACAUGGUGGAUGUCCAGGAAACCUCUGGUGAAAAUGAGCAGAAGAUGACAAAUGUGGGUGAAAAGCUCAUAAUCAUCAGGAAGAAAAAGGACUUGGAAGCAAGUGAGACUCCAGCACCGACUCAGCAGAGUCUGAGUGUUGAACAACGAGAGCUGUUCUACUUCAUUGUUUUCCUCUGGGCGCUGGUCUACUGCCUUUUACUUCUUCCACAACUUGCCAGCAACAGACUUUGAUCUCUGUGAGUAACAAAGUGGUGUGGAGAAGUGUGAAGAACAUACGUUCUAGCUGCUUCUUGGAAGAUUAUGGGGGAAUCCUUAAUCCAGACUCUUCUGUAGAAAAUACCUGAAGAAGUACUUUUUUUGUAUGUUAUUGAUGGUGGCCAUCUUUGAAAAGGUGUUAAAAUGAUUAAGCUUUUUGAUCAGGAACAGAUGCCGGUAUUUUGUUUUUUAUUUUUUUACAAAGGUACCUCCCCACUUCUGAGGCCACAUCUGCUUCCUUUUCCUUUGCGUCUUUCACUUACCAGAUCAUACAAAGAUUUCUUUCUUUUGAAGAUAUGAAAAGUAAUAGGCUACCUAAUUUGUUCAGGCAAUGUUGAAGCACAAGUCCAUGGUAAGAGGAUUAGAAAUAUCAUUUAGGUGCCCAAAACAAUAAAGGCGGAAAUGACAGAUGUAAAACUUAAUACAGAGGAAUGUUGACAGCCUCUGUUUACUGUCUAGUACAACUGAAGAAACUUCUGUGACUUGUCCACAGACACAGUUGUGCCACUUAGGCAUCUUUUAAUUUUUAUUCAGAUCAGUGAUCACUUUAGGAUAUUAUACUUAAGCAUUUUAGCCAGAGAAGGAGAGAGAAAUCUUCAAAUUCAGUUUGAUAGCAAUAACUUUCGCCCUUGUGCCACUCUUCAUAGGCUCCCUUGAUUUAUGACAACUUUUUCUGAGCCUUGGUGUCCUAUUCUCUGGUUCUUGCAAGUCUGUUGGUCUUCAAGAGGAAGUAUCUGGAGCUGGAUUACAGCCUCUUCAUAGAACAUUAAAGCUACCACAGUUAAAUCAAGUAAAAGAAUCUCCUUCCGUCUUCUUUCCUUUCUCCUAAGCAUAUUAUUGUAACGAGGAGGUCUUUGGAUAUCUCAUCUAAACAAAAAACUGACGUCCAUACAGAGUAGAAAAGUGAAUGGCAAUGCAUGGAUGCUGGCAGUUUCAUUACACAAUAUUUUCUUCCAACAAAGAAGGAAGAGGAAGCCCAGGCUUUUCUUUCUUCCCUCCCAUUGACGAACAGUGACUGAAGCAGUGAAACGAGCAGUUUAAACGUCAAACAGCAUGCAGCAAUUGCCUUGAUCAUCUCACUCAAUGUUUAAACUGAAGUGUCCUUUCCCAUGAAGAGACGGAGAUCGUUUCUUCUGUGAAAAACAGACGAAAAUAAUUCUAGAUAAGUCCAGUAUACUUGGCAUUUAGCUGCCUUCUAUAUUUGAGGGUUUUUUGUUUGGCUGGUUGGUUUUUUGCUCUAACAGAACCAGUCUACCUUACUCAGCCAUGCCAUGAGUAAGAGGAUCCAGAGUAAAGCAAUAAAAGUGAUUAUACUGGUAUAGUCAGCUGUGGAUGAAAAGAUAGCGAACUGCUUAGGAGUUUUGCCAUUAGCUGGAACUGCACAAUGACACCUGCAUAAGCAGCAGCUCUCCCCACUUAACAAGAUGUGCACUUUGAGUUUUAAGCCUGCAUCUAUUCGAAUUAGCGGUUCUUCCACAGUGCAAGUUCCUAUCUCCCAUCCCAAAUGCCCUAUUCUGAAAACAUAGUGCUUGAUAUUGGACUUUGUGUGCCUUUCUCAGCUUGGAGUCUAAGAUCCUGAUUGUGAAACACUCACUGUGGCAAAACCUUUUGUUUUUAACUUGCUUGCUAGAGGAGUGUCUUCAGGUAUCUGAGGUUUUAAAGGCUGGUGGUCAGUUUGAGUGGUCAUGUAUCCAUCUUCCACCAGGAUUGUGCCCUGUCUGAAUAAGGAAAGUUCUUCUGAAUAAAGGCCUCAUUUUCUGAUAAGUGCUGAGCUUGAACUGACCUCAUUUGAUAUUUUGAUUUAGAAGCAGAAUUCAGAUAUGUAAGGGUGCUGAUCUGUUAAAUCCCUUUCUAAAACCAGUUCUUGUUAAGCAAACACAGGUAGCAGAGCACUGUGAAGUGUAAGUGUUGGGAAGUGCUUGAGGAUCUCUAGAUAAAAGGUGUUUGAUAUUCACAAAAGCACCGUUAAAGAGUAUGAGACAACUAUAUUAGGCUGGUUCAAUGUUAUUCUAGUACUGUAACUUAACUGCAACGUGUUUUAUUGCAAUUUUAUAGCAAGUGCAAGAAAAGGAAUACUAUUCAAGAUGGAAAACCCCUAAACAUGUAUGGGGCACAUGCUUAUAGAGUGGAAGAACUGAAUUAAACAGUCACAAAUUACAAACUGAAACGAAUGUAGCCUUUGCCAAAUUGAAGGAAAUGAUCAAGAUGAGGAUAGGGCAAGUACAAACUACAGUAAAAAAUGACAAUCACUUUUCAAUGCCGUGAAUAUUUUUGAUGGAUUGAGCUCUAAAAUGUAUUUUUAUUGAGUUUCUAGAUUGUAAUGAAUGUGUCUACAGAAUUUUAUGCAAAGCUUCAGAGUUCGGCUGUUUUAAAAAGAGAUUUUUUUAUAUAGCAGUGAUUAUUUUAUCUAUAUAUUUAAUAGAACUGUAAAACCAUUUUAAAAGUACCUGUAAAAUUCUAUGUAUGUGAUAUGCUUAUUUAUUAAUUAUGAAUAAUGAAUAUAAACAUUAAGCUAUGCCUCAGUUGCAUCAUCCUUUUGGAAACUGGAAAUAGGAGAUUUCUUAAUGAUCAGCACACUAGAAAAAUAUGGGAAAGGAUCAAGUACAGUUGCGUGAUUCUUAAUGCUGCAUAGUAACAUAUCAUUUUAUGAUGUUAACUUUCAACUACAGUUGCAAAACAUACUGAGUGAUUAAGCUAUUUUUUUCCCUUAAAUUCACUUCCUAAGGCUGAAAUUUCUACAUGUUGAUAUUUGGUAUCUAAACACAUUUAAAUCCUCUGCAACUUCUCAUGACUGUCUGUUUAUUCUAGCUCAGUGUGAUUGACUUCUUUAUCCAAGUAGUGUCCCAUUGAGUUUACUAGAGUUUUCUGCACUGAUCCCCAUAGGAUCAGAGCUUGAGACGAUGUGUUGAGCCAGUGUAGAUGCUCUCAUACUCAACCAUCCAGCAAGAUAAUAGUUAUAAGAUGAUAGUGCAUUAUGACUUAUGCUAGCUUUAAGUACUUGGAGUCCCUUCUUCCCAAACGCAGACUUGAAUGCAUCCAGUGAUGUGUUCCGUUCCUUGACUUCUGUGGAAGUCAAUGAUGUGACCCAUCUGUGUGCUACGCACACACUACAGGAGCUGGCCCUGCGGUGAUUUAAAUCAGCUUUAAACACGUAGGCCAGGAAGUAGCUGAAGCCUAUGUAUUGCCAUAGAGCUAGAUCCCAACAAUUACAACCUACACAAACAGUGCCACUGACUUCAGUUAAUCCCUUUCUAUGGAUAGGAUUUGCUUGCAUAAUUUCUGUAGGAUCAAGCCCUUAUUCUUUCUAGCAAGUUAAUAUGUGCUUCCAUGUUUCAUUAAGAGAGCAACGGGGGGAAUGAAUGAUUGGAAUACAAUAGUAAGAUCACUGCUUGGAAUACGGCUGUGAAACCUUUCCAGUUGAAGGCUCUUACCCUGAUAAUAGGUUGCCCACUUUGUUUUUAAUUGGGCUAAUAAACAGUGAAACUGAAUGGAGGACCUCCCCUUCCCAACUCCGCCAAGUUUUUGUAUUUCCAUGUUGUGCAGUUAUAGUCAGGUAAAUAACAUCAAAUUCGUCCCCUCUGCAUACCACUGAUAAUGCUAAUUUAAAGCUGCCCAGCUUACAGUUUUUAAUGUUCCAGUUUUGCAUAGAAACAGGAAUUGUAUUAGAGGUUUUUUUUUUUUUUUCUCCAAAAGCACAAAAUUGCUGAAGCUAUUUAGGCAAGAGGUUAGGAUUUAUAUACACCUUCAAACAAUAGGGAAAAGGCGUAUUCUGAAGAGGAUAGCUUCCUUCCUCUGUCCAUCUCUUGACACACAACUCUAUAGCCCACAGAGGGCUGAUGAUCUCCCUUAAGUGAGAAUUAAAGGACUGUCAUUUAACCCUUUUAUUCUCAAGUGCGAUGUCUGUUUCGAGGUCAUCAUAACUGAAAUUGUGGAAUAUCAAAUUAUUUCUUUCUUCCUCUGAAUGUGAGAUAUGGAAAACUUCCUUUCACCUCAGUGGCAUUUUUGAAGACUCCUUUCCAGGCAGCUGCUACUGCUGAUAAUGGAAAAUGAGAACUGUGUCAUUUUCUCACCAGCAGGGGAAUGUCUAAGUUUAUGUGUCUGGAACAUAAAAUUGGACCCUGGGUGAUUAAUAUACUUUUUUCUUUAUGAUAAGGUUAGAAGGGGCAAUAACAAUAAUUAACUUUACCUCUGUGAGAACUACUGAAACAUAACAUUCCAAAAAAGGUUAGUUUCUGGCCUUCACUACUGUGUUCAGGUCAUGUAGUAUUUUAUUCCCAAAGUAGCUUCAUUGCUUUCACUGGGCAUUCCAGGAACCUCACUGAUACAUGGAAUAUAUUUGCUCUGUGUCCAAACAACAAUUCAUAAAUGGGGUCCUGAUCCAUGGUUAUUAUUAGACUAUAGCAAAUAAUCAUGUAUUUAGUUAGAAACGACUAGUCUGACCUUAAGUAAAGUAACUUUUAAAUUAUGUGCUGCACAUUUUUUGAGAAUAAUGAAGUCACCAUUUUUUAAUACUCAAUAACUUACAUAAAUAUCUCUAUAUCUGUUGUAAUCAGAUAAAUUCAACUUCUGCUCUUAUCUUGAAUAAAACUUAUCUUAGUUGGCAUACCCCUUCAUGAUACUGUAUUCUUCUGUGUAAAUGCUGAAGAAACUGUUUCACCCUUCUUGCUAAUGUUCUGCAGUUAAAAUUUAACUUGUAAAGUGCUUGUGUGCUACAGAGUUAAUGAGGGACUGUUACGGUGAAGAAAUCAUUUGUAAGUAAGGAAUGUACUAUUUAAAAUACAUGCUUCUCUUUGACAAGUGGUCAGGAAUGAUGGUUAUUUAAAUGAGAUAAAAUGCUAGGAGGAUUUGAGUGCUAUCAGAAGACAUACUGAAGAAGGCAGAUUUUUGAGUACUUUGAAAUACAUUUCUUCUGUAUGCUCUCAAUCAGAGGUAUGUAUUGAAUGUUUGCACUUGUUGCUCAAAGCUAAUUUUUGUGAGAACGAAAUGUAUACUUGUGUAUAGCUGGUAUAAUAGAAAACAAAUUGUUUUUAGAAAUUGUUACUCUGUAAUAUGAGUAGUAUUUACUAGUGAAUAGUUCCACUUUAUUUUAUAAAAUCUCCAAUUUUGAAAUAAAUGGACAGGCUUCCUUUAUAUAA